CUGGAGCAAAGUACAAUAGACUUGGACCGUGAUUUGAUGGCACGAGGACGACGUUGUGCUCGAACAGGAGUCUUGCCGUGAGUUUGACGCAGCCUGUAAUCUAAUACGAGGCGGCCUUGUCUGCCUCGUUCGACCCUGACCGAUGUGUGUUGGUCGGCGUUGUUGAAAGCUCAAACUCCCAGCAGCGGGUGCAUUCGUUCGGCGCGUACCGAGAGAAGGAUUCCGGAGCACUGAGAUAAAGUCAUCCUUGUUUCCGACUCCGACUCCAGCAUUGAUAGAGGAGCGCAAGCCGGGUGAAUGGAUUCGAAACUCGUGCGUGAUGCACUGCCUGUAGCCAGAAAUCACCCGAGGAACUAUCCCAAAUCGAGAGGAGAGCGCUCGAGCUCGUUCUGGAUGGGAGAAUGACUUGAUUCUGGGGGAUUUAUGAGACAAUAUGACGGACUGCUGCUCUGCGAGGUCGGGCAAUGAAAUAGGAUCGUUGAUCUUAGACUGGGCUUGCGGUUAUCGAUCUUGAGAGGCGGCAAUUCAA